UAUGAAUACUAGAUUAUGUUUUAAAAUUACAUGCUUGUCACACAUCUCAACUUCUUUGAUGGCUGCUUUUCAGGGAAAGAGAGGUAUUGAAAAGCAGCCUUUUCAACUUCCUGAUUUCAUUGCUGCCACAGGAAUCGAGAAAAUCAGACAAGUUCUUCAUGAUGCCUUCUUCAAACAUCAGACUAAGCCGAAAUUGACAAAUCACGGUGAUUUGUAUUAUGAGGGGAAGGAAUUUGAGGUGAAACUGCGAGAAAUGAAGCCAGGGACAUUGUCACAUGAGUUAAAAGAGGCUCUAGGCAUGCCUGAUGGUGCCCCCCCACCAUGGCUCAUCAAUAUGCAGAGAUAUGGUCAUCCACCUUCUUAUCCUCAUUUAAAAAUCCCUGGCCUUAAUGCACCAAUCCCCGCUGGAGCUAAAUUUGGCUAUGGGCAUGGAGAAUGGGGCAAACCACCUGUUGAUGAAUAUGGACGUCCCCUCUAUGGAGAUGUUUUCGGCUUUGUGCAACAAGAACAGCCCAAUUAUGAGGUAAAGGAACAUAGUAUAUUAGAACCUUUUUCAUACAUGCUCCCCUCUUUGUAA